AAAAUAUUGAAAAAAAAUCUGAAACUUGGCGAAUGGUCAACAAAUACCAGAAUUUAAAAACUCAAUGGAUCGCUCUCGGGACGUGAGGGCGUCGAAGGAGCGUAGAUGAGUUCAGCCGUCUCCCUGACUGAAAAAGCCUCCAGUUCUAUGCCAUCCAACCUCUCCGGUACGACCUGGGGUUGCGACGGGGUAGCUAGUAAAUCUUCAACCGUGGGUGAAGAGGAAGAUAAAACGGGGAGGAAGGCGUUAACUAAAGUACAUUGGACGCUGUGCAAGGUGGGAGGAAUAAAAGAAAGUAAAGUGAGCGCAGACGCAUGCGCAGUUGGUGAUGUGAGGCUGGCGGUCGCCUCACGUUUGGGGUGAUGCCCUCCAGUGAGCCCCAUCCCCCCCAGUACCAUCUUCAGCACCGCACAAUUCCACCAUCUCAUUUGCAACAGCACUCGUCGUCACCGACGAGCGCAUCAAUUGGCCAGCAUCAGCUAUAUCAACAGCUGGUGGCUGUCCAUCAUAGCCAGAAUCAACAGAGCCAGCAGCACGGCGUUGGCUAUCAAAAUUCCGCGUACGCGCUACAAAAACAGGAGAUGAGCCCGGAGGAGGAGGGUGGCCGGAGUGGCGGGUCCCCUCCGGCUGCUGGGGCUGCACUCCAUCAGCCACAUCAUCCACGCACCGCAUCACCACCAUCAGGUACAGAGCCCUGUAAUCGUGAUGCUAUACCCACACCAACGCCAACAGCCGAUACAACAACAACAACAACAACAACAGUGGUCAGCUCUAAUGAUACAAUAGCAACAGCAUCGGCUGCAGCAAGUGGUGGUGCUACUAUAACGACAACGAGUAUGCAGUCACAGUCGCAGUCGCAGUCGCAGUUGCAAUCACAACAGCAGCAGGGUCCAAGUCCGAGUCCAAGUCCAACAGGUGGUGAUGUUGAAAAAUUUGAUGGUAAAAUUGUUUAUAAUCCUGAUGGAUCGGCGUAUAUUAUUGAGGGUGAGAGUGAAUUGAGUGAGGACGAUUCAUUGCCAGAUGGUUGUAUCGUUGAUGGUCGUGGUGUUUCAGUGCCACACUCACUGGUAUUUCCACAAAUAGCAAGCGCCUACUAUGUGUCAAGGUUAUACGCCCAUCAGGCAUAUCAACAACAGCAGGCACAACAGCAGCAGAGAAAUUCAGCACAACCCCAUAAUCCCGAUUUGCCUGUUAUGCACAGUUAUCGGGUUAUUAGUUAUAGAACAGCGGAGGGUAGUAAAGCGCCGCCGCCAACGCCAGCUCCACCGCCUCCAUCAACCUCGGUACCGGUCAAGCCGAUUCUCAUGUGUUUUAUAUGUAAACUGAGUUUUGGCUAUGCUAAAAGUUUUGUUGCACACGCUCAGGGUGAGCAUCAGUUGACACUGAUGGAGGAUGAGAGGCAGGUGCUGUCGCAUGCGACGACGUCAGCUAUUAUUCAGACUGUUGGAAGGGGUAAACAACCAUUGGUCAGUUUUCUUGAGUCAGUGACAAGUUCAUCGUGUCCACAAAGUUCCCCGGUGCAAUCGCAAUCGCAAUCGCAAACGCAACAGCGUGGCUCCGAAUCCAAUGACCACGAGAUACCGACUGCAGCCAGUACACCCACAAGUACACCGGGUAUACCAACUAGUCCACAAGCACAAUCGCAGAGGCCAUCUCCAAGUACGCCAACGACACCAACGUCCCAUACGAAUUCGUUGAAUUUCAAUCAUCAACCCUCACAGCAUCAGUGGACGGGUCAAGUUAGUGCUGCCUCGUGGGCCAAAGCGCCAGAGGCUAUGCUUUAUACAUCACCUCCACCACCAUCCUCGACUAAGGGCUCACCAUCGUCGUACGCUGCCCUCACCCAGCAGCCACCAAAUUUUCUUACCGGCACGACAAUCGGCGUAUGCCCGGAGCACAUGCAGGGCAGACCCAGUGGCGUUGAAUGCCCAAAGUGUGAAUUAAUACUUACCAGUAGUCGUUUAGCUGGACCUGGUGGACCUCUCGCUGGCAUUCACAGUCGCAAUUCAUGUAAAACAUUGAAGUGUCCAAAAUGCAAUUGGCACUACAAGUACCAGGAGACACUGGAAAUACACAUGAAGGAAAAACAUCCGGAGAGUGAAACCUCGUGUAUCUACUGUAUCGCUGGUCAACCGCAUCCGAGGUUAGCGAGGGGUGAGACGUACACUUGCGGUUACAAGCCGUACAGGUGCGAAGUUUGUAACUACUCAACGACAACCAAGGGCAAUCUCAGUAUACACAUGCAGAGUGACAAGCAUUUAAAUAAUAUGCAAGAAUUGCAGCAGGGUGGUGGUGCUGCUGCUGCUGCUGUUGCAGCAGCGAGUAAUCCUUCGUCUUCGCAGGAGGCACCAAUGCCAACGCGGAGUCCCCAUCAUCAACAAAAUCACAGUCCCCAUUUGGCUGGCCAGGCUGUCACUCAGGGUAAACCAAAACCGACAUUUCGUUGUGAUGUAUGUAAUUAUGAAACAAAUGUUGCCAGAAAUCUCAGGAUACACAUGACGAGUGAAAAACAUACGCACAAUAUGCUGGUACUUCAGCAAAAUGUUAAACACAUGCAGACAUUAUCAGCACUCCAGUCACAUCAUCAACAGGCACAGCAGCAUCAUCAUCAAGCGGCUGCACAGCAGCAGCAGCAGCAGCAGCAGCAAUUGGAACAAUUGUUACAUCUCGGUGGUCUGGAUAAACCACAGCACGCCGAGGCUGCGCUAGCUGAUAUGGCAUACAAUCAGGCUCUUCUCAUUCACAUGGUAGCUGGUGGUCAAUUACCUCCCCAAUUACCACCAGAAUUAUUAGGCGGUAUGGCGAGUAUGAGUGCAAUGAGCAAUCUGGCUGGUGACGUUGGUCUGUCCCCAGAUAGCAUGGAACCACCACCAGAACCAGCCGAUCCCGAUCCAACCCACCUCUAUCACUGCUGUGUGUGCAAUAACUUUAGCACAGACUCUCUCGAUGCUCUCGGUCAUCAUCUUGCCACUGAUAGGACGAGAACGCGAGAGGGUGAAAUACUCGCCCUCGUUGCUGGCAAUUUUGUCUGUAAACUGUGUUCCUACAAGACCAAUCUCAAGGCUAACUUCCAACUGCACUGUAAAACAGACAAGCAUCUCCAACGGUUGCAGCAUGUUAAUCAUGUUAAAGAGGGCGGUCCUCGUAAUGAGUGGAAGCUCAAAUUCCUUGCGUCCCCAACUAGUGCACAAUUGCGCUGUCACGCAUGUGACUACUAUACAAAUAGUGCCCAUAAGCUAGUCAUGCAUGCAGACUCGCCCAGGCAUCAAGCAGCAGCAUUACUUUUACGGCAUCUACUCGAGGCCAGUGCCAAUACCCAAUCACAAAAUAAACUCUAUCACUGCGCGCUAUGUGGAUUCAGUGCAAGGCACCGGUUACCAUUGUUGCAACACGUUAGAUCACUGAGACAUCUGCAAAUGGAGCAACUCCAUCAGCUCCACAGACGCAGUGGUAUACAAGGCAAUGACAAUCCCCAUACAGACAUCGGUGAUGUUUUCCAAGUUGUUGCCGAUCCCGAUGCACCAUCAACCCAACAAGCUAGUCCCACAACUCCAACGACACCCAAUGCCGCUACCACUAACAACGAGCGGCGUGAGGACAGCAGCGAUUGUGGUAGUGAGGUGAAGCAAGAGCCAGACAACGAGCAAGAGCAAGAACCCGAGCCGGAAAACGAGACAGAGGAAAUUGUAUGUCCAUUCUGUACGUAUCAGCCAACAUCGAAGGAGGAAUUGAAGCAGCACCUUCAAGUGGCUCAUACACAAGAGAACGAAGAGAAGAUGGAAGUUGUUAAAGAAGAGCCUGUACAAGAGUUGUUGUGUCCAUUGUGUCAGGAUGGGUUCAAAGAGCGUGCUGCACUUGAAAAACACGUAAUGCAAAUUCACUCGGUGAAUGCCGAUGGUCUCCAGAGGCUUUUGCUUCUUGUUGAUCAGAGUCACUGGUUGAAUAAUAGUCCACGAAAUACAUCUACACCGGCAGCAACACCAACAUCACCAAGUACAACAAAACAACAUUUAGAAGAUGAUAAUGAGAGAACAAGUGAUGAGGUUGAGGAGAUUGCAAGGUGUACAAUUUGCGGUAGAAUCUGCAGAUCUCUGGAGGAGCUCCAACAGCAUCACAGGGAGUCACAUCCAGCGACAACGCCCACCUUGGCUGUCAGUGAGAAACACGUCUAUAAAUACCGAUGUGGCCAGUGUAGUUUGGCCUUCAAAACACUUGAAAAACUUCAACAACAUUCACAAUAUCACGCCAUUCGUGACGCCACCAAAUGUGCACUCUGCGCCAGGUCGUUUCGCUCUGUUCAGGCACUUCAACGACACUUGGAAACGGCCCACGCCGAUCUCCAGGAGGAUGAACUGGCGCAGUACAAGCAGAGCCUACUCCACGCUCAUCCCCUUCUUCAGGCGCUCACUGACGAGGCAAUUAGACGUCAGAGUGGUGUCAUUGGCGAGCAAAAUGUCGAAGAGGAGUCGAGGGGUGACGAGGAGGAGAGCGACGCCAGUGACUCACCGCCACUUCACAAAGAGCAGAGAUUACUAGAGGAUUAUCUCAAUAGUCAGGCAAUAGCUGAAGACUCGUAUCAAGAUCCUCAACGUAGAUUCAAGUGCCAUCGUUGCAAAGUUGCCUUUACGCGGCAGAGCUACCUCACUGGACACAACAAGACAUUGUUACAUCGUAAGGGUGAAAAAAUGACCUAUCCAAUGGAGAAAUAUCUUGAUCCCAAUAGGCCGUACAAAUGUGACGUAUGCAAAGAGAGUUUUACGCAAAAGAAUAUAUUACUGGUUCAUUACAAUAGUGUCAGUCAUUUACACAAGCACAAGAGAGCAAUGCAGGAGCAGGGAAACAACAAUACCCUCAUAUCUGUUAUACCACCAGCGAGUCCCACCGAAUCACCUGAUUCCCAACAGGAUCACGACAAAAAACCAUACAAAUGUAAUAUCUGCAAAGUUGCCUACUCUCAAGGUAGCACCCUAGACAUUCACAUGAGAAGUGUUCUCCAUCAAACACGAGCCAGUAAAUUACCAGAUCUCGCUGCCAGCGGUCAACUCGAUCUAGCGCGGCCCCUCAUCGAACAGCCACCCCCAUCCAGCCCAAAUAGUCCACCAGGCAGCACAAAUGCCGCCAACAGUAACAGCAAUAUGCUCUCUUGUCCCCGCUGUAGUGCUCUAUUUGUAAAUCAGGAGCAACUGACCACUCAUCAGCAGCUGUACUGCAUCUUCAGUAACCCCUUGGCAUUAUUUCAAACUCUAGCUGCAUCACAGCAGAUGGCUGCUUCGACACCUGACAAAACACCUCCACCCAUUUCCACAACACCGGGCCCUCAACAGCAGUACGCCCAGCACACGCAGGCAUCUAAUCAAGUCGCCCAAGAUAUCUUAUCUCAACCCAGACACAAGACCUCACAAAUGUACAAACACUUACUCGAAAGUUUUGGCUUUGAUCUCGUAAUGCAAUUCAAUGAAAAUCACCAGAGGCGUCAGAGGAAAGAGGAGGAGGAUAGGGCUGCCCUUCAGGCACAGCAGGAACAGCAAAAGCAGGAGCAGCAAGCCAAACAGGCAUUGGCUGCUCAACAGGCAAUGGAGAAAGAGGAUCAGGAGACUGAGGAGCCAGGUGAGGAGGAGGCGACAAUCCCCGAAUUGACGAGAAGUACGUGUCAACAUUGCAAUAAAGAAUUCAGCAGUGUGUGGGUACUGAAGGCACACUGCGAGGAGGUACAUCGUGAUUUGGUGCCGCGUGAAUUUCUUGAAAAAUACGCUCAACAGUUUAAAUGUGAAUAUGAGAAGAAGAGUGUUGUGGUAACAGCGGCAACUUCGUCAUCGACAACAACGGCGCCGCGCAGUUCAACACCGGCCACCGCCGCCAAUCAGCCCCAGGACUUGAGCUCAGAUAAGGAGAAACGAGAUAAGGAUAAAGAAGAGUUAACGGAGAGUAAAGAGCGAGUCAGUCGUACACCGGAGGCCACAUCGACAACUCCGGCUACAACGCCAGCACUCAGUAAUACACCAGUAUCGAGUAUAGAAUCAGUUACACCCACUGCUGUUCCGGCCAAUAAUCCACAGCACUCUAUGCAGUCUCAGUCACAACAGCAGCAGCAGCAGCAGCAGCAGCAACAACAACAACAACAACAACAACAGCAUGCUCAACAAAUGACAUUGGCUCAACAAAUGUCGGAAAUGCAGGCGGCAUUAAAUGCUGUAGCUGCUAGUCAGUUGCAACAACACUUGCAACAGUAUCCGGGAUUGAUGAUGGGGAUGAUGGGACUACCGUUGGGUCUCAAUGUGCCAGCUCUUGCAGCUAUGAAUCUUCAACCACCAUUAGUACCGAUGAUGUUACCACCCCCACCUUAUGAUGGCAGUAAUAAUCAGAAUCCUGCAUAUCCACCGAUACAGGCACAAGCGGAUCUUCUUGCCAAGCAGCAUCUCGCACUUCAACAGCAACAGGCAGCGGCGGCAAACGCAGCAGCAUCCCAGAAGCGUGCCCGUACCAGAAUAACCGAUGAUCAGCUGAAAAUCCUCCGUGCGCAUUUUGACAUCAACAAUUCUCCAGGCGAGGAGCAAAUCGUCGAUAUGGCGAAACAAAGCGGUCUUCCCCCAAAAGUCAUCAAGCACUGGUUCAGAAACACACUAUUCAAAGAGCGUCAGCGUAACAAAGACAGUCCUUAUAAUUUCAACAAUCCCCCAAGCACAACUCUCAACUUGGAGGAGUACGAGAAAACUGGUGAGGCCAAAGUGACGCCCUUGAACUCCUCCACUUCAGGGGGAAGUUCCUCCGACGACAAGAGCCCAAACAAGCAAUCAUCACCGCCACCAAGCACCUUGGCAACUACUCCAAUAGCUGAGAUUAAGCAGGAGCCAAUGGACUCAAUGUCAUCCCAACAAAUGCUCCCUCAACAUCAGAUGGAUCAGGAGCCCCAUCACUCACCGGGAAGUUCUGGGGGCCAACAAUCUCGUCCUCACUCACCGGCAUUGAGCAUGAGUUCGGUUUUUUCCGGACUCCACCAUGAUAUGUCUCAUGGCUGCACCACAAACAAUCCAGGGACGCCAAUGCUCCCACCAAAACUAACACCACAAAAUUUUGCCAGUCCAAAUCCCGGAGCUGGCAAUGUCGUUGCCAGUUCAAUAGCUGCCAUGGCCCUGACACCUCAACGAUCCUUGAGUCCAGGCCGUGGUCCCACGGAUUUUUCCUUCGGUGGAAACAGCAAUGGGAGUAAUUCCUCGGGCGGUAGCUCUGGAAAACGUGCCAACCGAACGAGAUUCACCGAUUAUCAAAUAAAAGUGCUCCAAGAAUUUUUCGAGAACAAUGCAUACCCAAAAGACGAUGACCUGGAGUAUCUGAGUAAACUUCUCGGUUUGUCACCGCGAGUGAUAGUAGUGUGGUUUCAGAAUGCACGGCAAAAGGCACGAAAAGUAUACGAGAAUCAGCCAGCAGCCGAGCCAGUAACACCAGGUGGACGGGAGAGUGACGACGGUUCAGGUCGAUUUCAACGCACUCCAGGACUGAAUUAUCAAUGCAAAAAGUGUUUGCUCGUGUUUCAGCGUUACUAUGAACUUAUUCGUCAUCAGAAGACCCACUGCUUCAAGGAGGAGGAUGCGAAAAGAAGUGCCCAGGCUCAGGCAGCAGCAGCCCAAGUAGCUGCAGUUUUGAGCUCUGAAGACAGUAACAGCAGUUCAACAACAACAACAACAACAACAGCAACGACAAACGCAGUGCCAAAUAAUCCCAGUACUCCAGCCCUGACUGACCAGCUCCAACGACCCCUGAGCACUUCAACACCACCGCAUAUACAGCAAUCCCUCCCUAGUCAAUUACCAACGACUCCUCAAUCCACUCAACCAGCUCAGUCCGAAUCGAAAGAGGCAAGUUUUCAGUGUGACAAGUGCAACUUAAUGUUCGGUAGAUUUGAACUGUGGCGUGAACAUCAGCUGGUACAUAUCAUGAAUCCAUCGCUCUUUCCACCAGCCUAUCCUCCAGACUCACCCUUUGGAAUUCUCCAGCAACAAGCGCUCAACGCAAGUACCGGCAUCACUGGCGAUCCCCCACAUCCUUUGAUUGCCAUGAUGCAGGAUCGAAAACGUAAGUUUGAGGAUUUUGAAGAAAAUACUGGUAGUGAAAAUCGUAAUAAUUCUGAGCACAGCGAGCAGCCCAAGGACAAGCGAUUGAGAACGACUAUUUUACCUGAACAAUUGGACUAUCUCUACCAGAAAUACCAGGUGGAAUCAAAUCCCUCUAGAAAGAUGCUGGAGACAAUAGCGAGAGAGGUGGGACUGAAGAAGCGAGUAGUUCAGGUUUGGUUUCAAAAUACGAGAGCACGCGAGCGUAAAGGACAGUUUCGUGCUCACAGCCAAGUAAUUAACAAACGUUGUCCUUUUUGUCCGGCAUUAUUCAAGGUCAAAUCAGCCCUUGAAUCUCACUUGAGUAGCAAACACGCGGACCAGGUGGCACGUGGGGAAGUUAAUAUCGACAACAUUCCUGACGAGGAAUUGUCCAUGGAGUCAGCGCCAUCGAACCCAAGCACCCCGAACAUGAUGCCCCCCCUUUUUCCCCCAUUCAACUCGGACGUUGAGGCAUCCUUGAAAAAAUACUAUGAAGAAUCGAUGAAGCGUUACAUCAGUGAACUCCAGGCUCACACGAGUAAUGGUAAACAGGAGAAUUCGGCGAGCCAGGGUGCCAGUGCAACGGGAGAAUCCCCUUUGGACCUCAGCAAGCCAGUGGAUCUCAGUCGACCAGUUAAACUCAACCUGGGAAGUUUGACUAAUCUCCUGGAGGAGCAACAGCACAGCCUAGCCCAGCACUUUCGUGGCGGCAGUGACUGUGGACCAUUGACAGAUCUCUCCGAGCGAAGUAUCUGUGAUGACGAUAGCAUGAGCGAAACAACUGAAUUCCUCGAUGACGAGAGUGGUCCAGCGAGUCCUGCCUCGAGUACCCAGAGCUCGAGACACGGUGGUACAGUAACAACACCUGGUGGUAUGACAUCGGUGUCGGGUGGUAAUGCAGCAAGUGGCAAUUCAACGAGUGGCAAUGCAUCAGGAGGCAAGAGGUACAGAACACAGAUGUCAGCGACUCAGGUGAAAGUGAUGAAGUCACUGUUCUCUGAUUACAAGACACCAACGAUGGCAGAGUGCGAGAUGUUGGGCCGGGAGAUUGGACUACCAAAGCGCGUCGUCCAGGUAUGGUUCCAGAAUGCCAGGGCUAAGGAAAAGAAGGCGAGAUUGGCAGCUGGUCUCCCGGCGGAGGGCUCUGCUGUACAACCCCAUCGUGGACCAACGGGUCCUGAUGAAUGCCGCUUGUGCUCAGUACGUUAUACACCCAAAUCACCACUCCAGGAGCAUGUUUUUUCACGUAGACACAUUGAGUCUGUGCGCGUUGCUGUUGAGGAGGGUAGCCUGGUACCGCCAACCCCAGGUGCACCGAUAUUACCGGCUGGAACGGGAAGCAGUAUGACAAAUCCAACAACUGGUCAAUCAAAUACCCAAUCACAGAAUGACGAAAAUAUGAUGUAUGGAUCAUUGUUCCUUCAUCCAACAGCCAUGUUUCAGUCGCAACAGCAGCACGGAACAACGGCCAGUACGGCUACCACCACCCCCGGUGAGUGUCUGGCUGACCUCUUAGACUCGUAAAAAAAAAAAAAAAAAAAACAAUGAGAUAAAGAAAUUAUGAGAAAAAAUAUAUUUACUGCCUGUACAACGCUUGCGCGCGCAACGCCACUCCUUUAACGUUCGUAACGAAUUUUAUUAUUGUAUUUAUUAAAAUAAUAUACAUGAGGAAUUUAUCACGUGGUCUCGGUGUGAUUAUAUUGAAUAUCGGACGUGCCAUGUCAAAUCAGUCAUUACGGCUAUAGAUGAAUGUCAUUCUUUAAUUUUAUGACAAAAAAACAUCCACAUUCAAUAAUUCCGAGAAAAUCAAUAGACAUUAGGAGAAUUCUAAUAAAUAUUUUCUUGAAUUUUCAUAAUUUUUCUCCUGAAAAUUACUACGCAACUGUCCAUGGAAUUUCAAUUGUCGUUCAACAGUGUAAAUUUCAAGGAAACAAGUGAUGCUUGAUUCAAAUAUGCCAAUUAACAUUUAUAAGACAAAAAAAAUCAAAGGUGCCUGAGUUGACAUGGAAUGUUCUAUAUAUUAAUUGAUAAAUCAAUAUGUGACACUUUUUAUUUUGAGAGAGUGUGAGAGUCUGUAUCAAGUGAGUGGUGUGCACGCGUUAGCUUUCAGGGAAAAUAUAUUUGUUUUCCAUUUGUAUUUAGUUGUUCGUCUCGUGCACGUAAUUAUUCGUUGAUCACGUUUUUUUUCAAUAUUGUAUAUCAUAAUUUUACCUUUACCUUAUAUAUUUACCAAUUACGUCGCAUAAUCAUCUUUUUUUGGGGGCCCGUGUGAUAAUCUAGGGGGUCCGUUUGAAAAGAUACCUUGUCGUGUUUAUAUUAGAUAAAAUUGAAUAAUUUUAUUAUAGCGAUGAAUAAUAUAUCCAGAGUUAGGCAAUACUGAAAGUUCCUAUCAGAUGACUAUUUGUAGAAAUAAGGGAGAGACACCACUUUAGGAAAAAAAAAAACAAAGAAAAAGAAACGCGAUUGAAAAACGACCGCGUGUUUUUGAAUGAAAAUAACAGAAUGAAUUACAAAAGAAAAUGUAGUAAAACCGACAAUAGUGAUCUGCGACAAUGCAUUCACUAUGCAUAAAACACAAAGUAAAUAAAACUACUUGAAAAACCAUGAAUGAGAAUGAAAGAAUGAGAAUUCUUCUUUUAUAAAUAAAAUUAGAUCUUUAAGUGAGUAAAGAUCUUUGUCAUUGCUGCCGGAGAUACGAGAAAAAUAGACGUGUUUGUUCAUUAUUAUUAUUAUUAUUAUUAUUAUUAUUAUUAUUAUUAUUAUUAUUUCACAUCACGUAAGUUGUACAGUAAAGACUAUAUUAGGAUGUAAUUAUCUCGAUUUUAAUUAAACUAAUUAAACUC